GGUCAUCAACAUCAUAUCUGCUAUGAUAACAAUAAUACUACGGAUGCAGGUGUCGCUGUUGUCGAGCCUUGUCGACCUGACGGCCAAGUACGGCAUCCACCGGUUGAACGUGAUGCACGUCAACCUGGAAGAUAUGCUGGAGUUUUCUCCGUUCCAGUGCAUGGGCCUGGACAAGCGUCCCGCGCUCGCCAAGUUCGCUGUGGAGCUGGUGCUGCUUUGGCAGUUCGGCGGCACAGUGCUGGAAGGUGACAUGGUGGCGAUCCGAGGGUCCGUGUACCGUGCAACUGACACGGCUGUCGAAUACAGUGACUUCACAGUCAGCUCACCGGCCACCUGUCACCCGUUCGUGUACGACGCUAUGGUGUGCACCAAGAGCUACGCAUUGCUUUACAGACCGUUCAUGGCUGACACCAGCCUCAAAAUCUUUGACAAGGCGGUGGAAUGGUCGGGACGCGGUGACGGUGACGUCCGUCGUGUGAGCGACAGCGUGGUGUGUCGGGACGGCAAGGUCAGCUGUCCCUGCUACUACGUACAACGGGCCGACGCCGACUUGAUUCACCGCUACUGCCCAACCGUCUAAAAAAUAUUCUUCGAAAUGCAUUCAACGUUCUACCAGGAGUUGUACUACAGCAUAGAAAUAAUGUUACAAAAAUAAUGAGAGAUACGUGAACAGUGGCCAAUACCUAAUAAAAAAAAUUCUCAACCAUUCACAUGGAAAGGAAACGAACAACGGCAGCGAAAAAAUAAAAAAUUAGUUUGUUACACUAUUAUGAGAAAAAAAAAAUUCAAAAAUGUGCCUAGCUUUCACCGUAAUUUCGCACAUCAUGGUACCGCCGAGCUGCAUCGAAAACAUUGUGAGAGCGGAAUACUUGUUCUGCAGUCUCAUGCCUUGGAACGGAUUAUUCCACCAAAUCCUCCAGGAUAACGUUUGAUUCACAUCCAAGGUCCAUCAUCGGCUCGACCAGGCUCUACAAAAUUGACACCUGCGGAAUCCGCAGUAAACCAAACGUUAAACCGUCAAAAACACAGGUCUUUAUUUUUACUCGUAAACAAUAAAUCAUCUUUUUUUU